AUGACCAUUCUAGAUAAUGAACCUUUCCUCAGUGAAUUAUGUAACAUGUUCAAUCGUAAUCGUAGCAAUGGGAAUACAAUUUACAUUACAAUGAAAAGAUAUACAGGAACCAAUAAGCCUACACCGAGAAAUGUGAAACCUGAAAAAGAUGAUAUUGGUGGAUCAACGGCUGAAAAGAAGGAUAAAGAUGUUGACUAUAUGUGUCUACUGCGUGCUAAGAUCGGUAAAAAAAAGAUUAGUACAGUAAUCCAUCCAAAGGACAUCAAUAAAUUCCAAUUAGCAUAUUCUAAUCUUUUGAAAGGUAAUCUGUAUGGGUUAUCCAAGAAGAAGGAAAAUGUCUAG